UCGGACAAGUUUCUGUGAUUUAUAAAUUUUGGACUAAUGCAUUUACCAGCUGCAUCACCAGAUCGUUUAAUCAACAGUAUGACUGAUAUGUAUGCAAGUCUUCAUGAAACUUUACAGGAGUAUCAUGGGGAAUUGGUACAAACUGGAAGUCCGGCUGUGCUAUGUUCCGCGUUACCCACACAUUGGCGUUCGAAUAAAAGUUUACCAAUUGCAUUUAAAGUGAUUGCAUUGGAUGAUGUACAAGAUGGUACAUUAGUUACGGUACAAGCUGGUAAUGAUGAAAAUUAUUGUGCUGAAAUCAGGAAUUGUACGGCCGUUAUGAAAAAUCAAGUUGCAAAGUUUAAUGAUUUACGAUUUGUUGGACGUAGUGGACGUGGUAAAUCAUUUUCGAUUACGAUUAUGAUUAGUUCGUUGCCAUUUCAAGUUGCUACGUAUAAUAAAGCGAUUAAAGUGACGGUGGAUGGACCACGAGAGCCAAGAACUAAAUCAAGUGAGUGUUUUCUUAAUUACCAUUAUGGUUAUGGAAUGGGUUUACAUGGUGGUCUAAAUCCGUUUUUAUUAAAUCCAGGAUGGUUAGAUGCUGCAUAUAUGAGUUAUGCAUGGCCAGAUUAUUUUCGGACACAACGUACUCCAACAACAACAGCAAAUGGUAGCAGUGGUGUGAUUUCACCAACAUCUCUUUCCAACCAACCAACAAGUGUUACACAACCAACAACUGUACAUACAACAUUAGUAAAAGGAUCCCCUCCACAAUUACCAGCACCACCAACAGCAGCUCCAACACCACCAGAAUUUUAUGUACCCAGCGGCGCAACACCUACUGGAUUACCAACAACAUUACCCCCAUUCCACCCACCACCUGGAUUCUUAGCUGGAAAUCCAUUAUUACCACCACCCUAUCAUCCUGGAACAGAAUUAAAAUUACCACCCUAUGACACAUUCUCCUUACCAACACAUUUAACCUCCCCCACUCUAAUAAAUCAAAUGUCCUUACGAUUAUCACCCACAUCGUCCAGUCGACAAAGUUCAAGUCCGACACAUCUAACACAAGUUGGUACAACAAGUAGUCCAACACGAAGUACCACAUCACAAAAUAAUGUAAAUUCAACGAUUGAUCUAUCGAAUUCGGAACAAUCGGAUGAUGAAGAUAUUGAUGUUGUAAAAUCAGCUUUCCAACCGAUUAAACCAGCGAAUGUUUUACUAAAAGAAAUUCAACAACAUCCAGCAGAUUCAACAACAGCAACGCAAUUAGAUGAUCGAGAAAAAUUGGUAGUGAAAAAGUGUAUAUUAAAAGCUCCGUCCUCAAUGAAAACAAAAUUAUGUGCUUCACCAUCAAAAUCACCCGAAUCCACAAAAAUUCCACGAUCAUCAUCUCCGAAAAUAUCAAAUGAAAAACGUGUUUGGAGACCUUACUAAAAAUGAACUGUGUUUUUUGUGAAAC